AUGAAGUUGCAGAGGAAGUUCCUGGUCCUCUGGUUCCUCCAGAAAAUGUCACAAAAGGGCAAGCUCCCGGAACUGCAGAUACUCAACUCAAACAAUUUAACAGAGCAGUUUCACGGUCGAGUACUUGAGUUCCUCAACCAUGGAUGCAGUGCUCAGUUCUACAUGAUAUUGUUUUCACCAGCAACCAAGUUUGGCAAAAGAGAAGUCAUGACCACGGACAAUCUCUUAAAAUUCAAUCCUGAAGGGUGCUUGAUGAUCCUAUCAAAAAGCAUUGGAUUCAGGAAGUGGAUACAGAAUCCUGAAGCCGCUUCUCGAUCGAGGAUUCAAAGCCUUCGCACGCGUGCGAGCGAGGCGGCAGGGGAUCGGCCGAGGCGGUUGGCUGUUUCGCGAGUUGCACGUUUAGGGCGGGGAAGGCGUGAGGAGGCGUUGCAAGGCGGAGCAAGGAAUCACCAGAUCUGGAACCUUCUGAACCGGAAGAGAUUUUGCAAGUCUGAAAUUGGCUGUAAGAGGAAAGUCAAAAGCAAGUCCAUAAGAACGAUGCUUGUGAAUGAAGAUGAUGAGAGAGAUAAAGAUCAUUCAACAUUUGAUAGUGGGAAAUAUCCUUUUCAUACAGUUGAUCAAUAUAAUAGUGAUGCUAGUUUGAAUGAUAUUCAUGUUGAGGAGUGGGAUGAGUGA